CCGGAAACGAGAUUUCUGAACAAUACCAAGCGAUGUCUGGAGCAUCGCUGCAUCUCUAUAACAGUGUAGCAAGAUAAUGGACUUUGAGAAGAGUUCUGUGAAAGAUAAAGAAUACGAGUGUGUGGAGCUUGGUGAUCUGGGCAGAAAAGAGAAGAUUCCACGGCGGAUUAUUCAUUUCUCCAGCGGCGAGACCAUGGAAGAAUACAGCACAGAUGAUGAGGAGGAAGACAAAAAAGAGAGCACACAGAAAGGCCUUUUGUCCUCCACAGACACUUCCAAGCUCACUUGGGGUCCAUAUGUGUGGUUUCAGAUGUGGAGAGCAGCUACAUCAGCUUUAUCUGCUUGUGACUACCUUGGUGAGCGGUUAGCAUCACUAUUGAGCAUCACCUCUGCAAAGUACCAGUAUGCUAUUGAUGAGUACAGCAGGUCUAAGGGGGAGGAGGAGGGAGAGGAAGAUACGUAUCUGUCUGAAAAAGCAGAGCACCUGUUUGAAGAGCAGCCGAACGAAGAAGAUCUGAAGACCAACCAGCCAGAGACCAAGAGCACUAAAACAAAUGUUGAGCUGACCAAUGAGUUGGACCUUAACACUUCCUUAGUACCCAACAGAGUUCUUAUACCUGCUCUUGUUACAAGCACCUAAGUACAUGUUAUCUAAAAUUCAUUUGGAGUUUAAAAUUACCUUUCCUUUAAUGCACUUACUACAGGGAGUUAAACAGGCUUUUAAAUACAUUUUGUAUGUGUAAAUUAACUUGUGGAUUCUGAUGCCUUAAUACACUGAUCAUGUAUCAGUGAAAUUAUUUAUACUGAUCAUGGAUGUGGAGAUGAACAAAUUCUACAGCCAUAGAUCUAAAUUAAGUUUAGAAAAAUAGAAAUGCCACAACACUGAAUGCUUUACAUAAAACACUUAUAUCGCAAUUGUGUUUUUAACUUUAUUCACAAAUUUGUAUUAUUAUAUUUAUUAAGAACAUUUGAUGCAAAAACCUGGCAAUCUACUGGUCACCACCUGCCUAAAUAAGACUGUCAACGUAUAAUGUGUGAAUUGUAAUUGAAUGGAUUUAAAAAAGUGUUUAACUAUGUUGCAGUUAAAAUAAAACACUGCAAUAUAUCAGUCUUUA